GCGAAGAAGCUUCCAGAAGCUCGCAUCCCCCCUUCAAAACGCGACGAGACGAGACGAUUCGUCGACUCCUCCCGAUCCCGAGCAGCAGAAGCCCCCCCGGCGAUUCCGCGCGGCGCUCGAGCCACACAUGAAGCCAGAUGGUGAAACUCAGCUUCGUCCUACAGCUGCUGGACAUCCAGAUCCUGGUCUGAGCACCUCAUCUGCAGAAUAUGUGGCCCCUGUAGGACCAGCUACAACUCAGGUAGCUUAUCCAUAUAUUGGUACCUAUUAUGGAGGCAUAUAUGGUGCUUAUAGUGGACAACCUCUGGUGAAUGCUGCUUUAAUGGCAAUGCCUCCGCAUUCUGUGCCCUUGGCAACUGAUGUUGUUUUGGAACCCAUAUAUGUCAAUGCAAGGCAGUAUCAUGGUAUAUUAAGACGACGCCAGUCUCGUGCGAAAGCUGAAUCAGAAAAUAAGGCUAACAAAAGCCGCAAGCCUUACCUACAUGAGUCCCGCCAUCUGCAUGCUUUGAAAAGGGCAAGGGGGUCUAGUGGUCGAUUUCUCAACUCUAAGGCCAUGGAGGGAAAGCAAGACAGUAAAUCCGUGGAUAAAAAUGAUGGAGCUCUGCCAGCUGAGGAAAACAGAGACAACAAGGAUACCAAUAGCAAUACCAAAUCAUAGAUUGAGAGCCCACCAACCCAGCCAGGUGCUGAUGUGUCCGAUGUUGUCUAAUACUUAUGUAGCCAAUCUCCUCUAAUCCAACCAACUUACCAGUCGAAUUAUGUCCUUGCUUUCUGUCAUGACGGUUUAAGUCUGUAUAUAGCUGUUAGUUUUGAUGAUUGGAUAAAUCCAUGACAGCAGAGUGAACAUGUUCUGGGAGCAGUUCAGUGCUAGGGUUUCUUGCUGAUUGCAGAUUUUCGACCUGUAUCAUCGUUGCAUCUUGGUCCUGUUAAUGAAUGUUAACUUUCGAUAAUUUAGACUCGUACGAUAGUUACUUAGAAAUGCCAUGAAAAUCCUUGUUUGCAAAACGUUUUGUUCAUUCCCA